AAAAUUAAAUUAAAUAUCAAAGAGAAAAACAUAAUAGAGUUCAAAGUUUAAUUACAAGUGUAAUAUAAAAGUAUAAUAAUUAAUAUAAACCGAAAUAAUUAAAACAGAGAAAAGAUUCACAAACAGAAGAUCCAGAAGCAAAACCAAAAGAACCGGAACCAGUUCAAGAAAGACAAAAACUCUCAAAAAUAACAGAUAUGUUACUGGACCCAAAAAAAAUUCUCGUCGCGGUACGAUUGAAACUGGUUGAUGAAUUAGGGACAUUUUUAAUAUCGAAUGAUCCUUUUAUUAGAGAAAAAACGGCUAUAGCAAUUUCAGAAAUAGCUCGGAGACCUAAUGGGCGGCAAGCUAUCAUUCGUAAUCCAGCGAUUCUCAACAAUUUGAUAAAUGGGCUCCAGGAUGUAGUUAUUGACGUUCGAGUACAAAUGGCCCGUGUCCUAGAGAUAUUAGCCCAUGACUACUUCAGUGCCAAAGUUUUGGUGGAGGAGCACAAGUUUAUAGACAUAAUUGCUCAGGCUAUUCCUAGAGAACAGAAAGAAUUGUUGAUACUCUAUCUCAAUAGCCUUGAAGUAUUGCUUCUGGCUCAUGUCAACGUGUGUCACGCCAUAGAAAUUGAUAUGAUCGAAACCCUGCUCACUCUUAUGAAUUAUCAUAAAAAGGAUAAGGAAGUUUUGGCUAAAAUUUUAUCUUCUUUAGUGCUACUUUGUCAAGAUAGUUUGGGCACUUGGAAAGCUUUUGAAGUUAAGAAUUUUUUGUCCAUUCUCACGCCGGUCUUGAAUGAUGACGCAGUUAUGUAA